AUGUGUGCGCAGUGCGGCUUAGGCUACCCUCCCUCCAUUGGCCUUGACAGCUUCCAGGAAGCAGAUGUUCUCGGUAUAUCUAGGCCAUGUACUAAGUGGAAUUUUGCCGUUAGGGACAUCGCUGAGUUGCCGAGACGCAUCAACCAAGCGUUUGAGAUAGCGACCAGUGGUCGUCCAGGCCCAGUAUUGAUUGAACUGCCAAAAGAUAUUACUGCAGGUAUUCUGCAACAGCCUAUUCCUCAAUCAGAUGUCUUUCCGCCAGACAUGGCCAUACAGCACUCUCGCCGUGAAGAAUCGAUAACCACAAUAAAACGGGCAGCCAAGUUGAUCAACAUUGUGCAGCGGUCAGUUCUAUAUGUCGGGCAAGGAAUUAUUGUCAGUCCAGAGGGACCAAAGCUUCUGAAGGAGUUGGCAGACAAGGCGUCGAUUCCAGUCACUACAAGUCUUCAAGGACUCGGGGCAUUUGACGAAAAGGACCCCAAAGCAUUACAUAUGCUCGGGCUGCACGGGUCCGGGUAUGCCAAAAAGGCAAUCCAGGAAGCUGAUUUGAUCAUCGCCCUAGGAGCCCGGUUUGAUGACCGCGUGACGGGCCACGUACCUAAGUUUGCGCCCAAAGCUAGGAAAGCUGUUGAAGAAGAACGUGGCGGAAUCAUCUAUUUCGAUAUCAGCCCCAAAAACAUCAAUAAAGUCGUUGACGUAACAGAAGCUGUAGUGGGCGAUUGUACAGACAACCUUCAACUCUUAAUGCCGUUCAUUGACCGUACGGAGCGACCAGACUGGCUUGCGCAAGUUGCGGAAUGGAAGACUCACUUCGCCUUCUCGGCAUACCCGCAAGGUGAAGCCUAUGGACUCGUUCAACCGCAAGCCUUCAUAGAGCGUCUGAGUGAGCUCGUGGAUCCAGUGAAAGAUCGCACAAUUAUUACCACUGGUGUGGGUCAACAUCAGAUGUGGACCGCGCAGCACUUCCGAUGGCAAUAUCCCCGCACGAUUAUCACUUCUGGAGGCCUUGGGACUAUGGGGGAUGGACUACCGGCGGCUAUUGGUGCGAAACUCGCCCGACCAGAUGCUCUUGUGAUCGAUAUUGACGGGGAUGCGUCAUUCAACAUGACAUUGAACGAGUUGUUGACGGCGAGCCAGUUCAAUAUUGACGUGAAAACAAUCGUCCUCAACAAUGAGGAGCAAGGCAUGGUCACGCAUCUUCAAUCCGUGUACUAUAAUUAUCGCUUUUUCCACAGCCAUCAUCGCAAUCUUGAUUUUGUUGAGGCGGCACGGGCUAUGGGCGUCCAGGCUGAACGCUGUUCGAAUACGACUGAGACUGAUGAGAAACUGAAGUGGUUGUUGGAGAUUGAUGGCCCGGCGCUCCUUGAAGCCAUGAUAACUCAGAAAGCCAUAUCGCUCCCGAUGGUCCCAGCAGGUCGUGGACUUGAUGAGUUUCUGUUUCACGACCAAGAAGCCCCGCCACCUGGGAAAUGA